UGCAUGCUUUCUGUUAGAUUUACAGCAAGGAUAUUUUGAAUCUAAAUGCAAAAGGGUGAGGAGAGAGCAACAGGAUGAAACAAAGGAAGGGUAGAGACUCUAUGAGGAACACAGGGAGGGAAGGAGAGAGUGAAACAGGGUGAUUGACAACCAGCAUCUCCUAACAGGACUUCGUCUCCUACAGCCAGCUCCACCAUCUGUCCACACAGCUUCUCGUAACGUAACUGUCCAUUCUCGGUGAAGCUGAGAAACCACAGAAAUAGAGGCGAAGUGAUUGCAGAGAGAGAGAGAGAGAGAGAGAGACAGAGAGACAGAGACAGGUGCUGCAGGAGGGGAGAGCAGGAAGGAGGAGGAGGAGAUUUCUCCCCGAGCAGAACGGAGAAGAGAGAAGCCGCACACAGUAACGCAGAGGAAUUCCUAAACAGCUGUCCGGCAGACCUCCUGCCUGUGAGGAACGGACAUCCAGGGCUAAGAGACGGAAAGACAGAGUGCAAGUCAGGGAGGAAGAGAAAACCGCUGUAGACUACACUACACAGAAGAAAUUUGGGACAGAAAAAUUUCACAAGACAAGCCACUACUUCUGCAGGAAGAACUGAGAAGUUCAUCUUAAGACGAUAAAUACACAGGUAAAAGACAUCUCAUCUGGCCUAUUAGGACCAAAUCAGCCCAACAGUGAGGCCUGAGGACACUGUCACUGUAUAUCUACAAUCCUCAAGUGUCUGAGAAUGUAACUCCUCUCAUUAUCUGGGGAGAACUCGGAUCAGCAUCAGCAUCUACAUCACAGGAUCAUAGGGUUCAAAGACAUCUCCCUUUCUUCUUUCUCUUCUCUCACGGAUUUUACUGUUCUGAGAUGCCGGCCAAAACUCCCAUCUACCUAAAAUCCAACAACAGCAAGAAAGGGAAGAAGUGUCGCCUAAGAGACAUUCUGUCCCCAGACAUGAUCAGUCCUCCACUAGGAGACUUCCGCCAUACUGUCCACAUUGGGAAAGGGGGUUUAUGUGACACCUUUGGUGACAUGACCUUCCUUCAGGGCAAGUUUGAGUUGCUUCCUGGUAAGAGUGGCCUGGGUCGACCACAAUAUGGUGUCCAUGGCGAGUUCAUGCGAGCUAACAGUGCAUCUGAUGCCUCCUACAUUGAAACUCCUUCACCAAUCCUGAAGAAUGCUAUCUCUCUCCCUACCAUUGGGGGGAGCCAAGCACUGACCCUGCCUCAUAUCACUACCACCAUGUUACCCACAACCAGGGACCCACUGGACGACCUGGUUGGGCCACCCACUCCACCUGCCAGCUCAGAGGGGACAGAUGAUCUGGAGAUCCUGCAAAUGGAGAACCUUCUUCAGUCGAUAACUAUCUUCAGACGUGAUCCGAGUCCUGUUCUAGAGGAGGUUAGUGAGAAUUCCUUAUUUCCUAUCAACUUUGUGGAGAAAUCACUGGAAAGGAAUACCUCCAUUUACAACUCUGAGAAUGAGGAUACUAAGAAGCCAUUAAUGUCUAUCUUCAUCAAUGGCAAUCACAAUGAAAAUGGCAACAGCAAUAGGAGUAGCAAAUGCAAAGACAACAGCAUCAGCAAUAAUGACUAUAAUGACAUGAACAGUGACAUCUUUCAGUAUGAAAAAGAGUUGGCCAGCAUGAACGGAGAUUGGGAAAAUAGAGAUAGUGGUGUAGAGGAAGGACGCAUUUGUGACUUUGACUUUGAGUUCUCUAAAAGCAAGAGUCCCUCUCAGGAGUCUGUCAACCACAACACAGGGUCACUGCUGUCUCUCGAACUGGACUUGGGCCCUUCUAUCUUGGAUGAUAUACUAAAUAUCAUGGGUAAACCUGAGUCUUGAACUGUGCCUCUGGCAAAAGCAGGAAGACAGAAGAAAGACUUGCCUGUCAAAUCAAACACAUAAGAUUUAUGGGUAUUCUACAUUGGAAAUGAACUAAAAAGGCAGAGCUGCCUCAGUGAUAUUUCGUCCAGUAUAUUUUUAUCCUCAACUUCAACUGUCUGUGCUUAACCAGUGUUGUUUCUCUUGUAGGUCAUAAGAGAUGCAUGCUUUAUCAAGUGUAGGAAAGCUACACAGAGAUAUUGUGCCUUUUAAUGUCACCAUUGGGUUAAAUCAAGAAAUAAAACUGUUUGGUGUGCUCGUCAGUUCUGUCACAGGUGUAAAUAUAAGCAGUACAUUUUACACUCUAUGCUGUUGUUCACUAAUGCACAAUGUUACAUGUUAUGUAAUGAUGUAAUGAUAUUUCUCUAAGAGAUGUACAGCUGUGUGAAUUAUCUCCAAACUUUGUCACAACCCCUCCACCUCCCACCCUGUACAGAUAUUAUAUUUAUACUGACUCUCUCAUUAACUGUGCUACAAAAGCAUCAAAGCAUAUACCUAUGUUUUUACUGUGUGGAGAUACAAUAUAAAAUAAACGAGUAAAUAAGUAACUUUUUGAUAUGUCCCAUUUGGGAAAUGCUGUGUAUUAUUUUACCUUUCAGUCCAAGAAAUCUUUAAUUAAAAAUGAAUGUUACAGAUGUGCUAGCAGAGAGAAUAUGGAGCCCACCCACCUUUUCCCUCGUCUCUGACAUUCUUCUCAUUCACCCAGAAUGCCCUGCAUGGGAUCAGAGGUGGGUGAACAGUGCAUCAUUUCUACAGCCAGACGCCUGCACCGUUUGUCUACAAGUUGCUUGGUCAGAGGGAAGAGAGGGUCUUUAGCAUUCCCCACAUUCCACUGAAGCAGCACAAGUGCAUAGGACAGGCCAUAAAUAAACAUCCUGAACCAUGACAAAGGGCCUUGAUCUUUAGUUGAGGGUCGGAUUGUAAAAGCUAACAGCCCAAAAGCAAACAGUUUUCCUUACAAAGAGUGAGAUCUCUACUCACUACUGUAAUUAAGAGCUGUCAAUGAACUAAUGCUGAAACAUAAGUACUACAACCAGACAAGUGUAAUUAACAUGUCUGGAGUUGCUUGACAUUGUUGUUUUUCCUCUUUUUUGUAUUAAUUUUUGCUAAACAUAUUUAAAUGAAUUUCAGCUGCUUUCACCUAUGUGAAAUGUAGCUAUAAUUACAGUUAUCAUAAUGGCAGUUACUUGGCCCUAAAAUCUCAUGAAAGGUUUAUUUGUUUGUUGCUUGAGGUUAUUUUUAAUAUCCACUUUUCAAUGCGACAUAACUAAAUAAGUAGACCUCAAAUGCCACUGAUUUCUAUCUGUAAUGCAAUUAGCUAAUUUUGGUGCAGUCCAAAGUCUCCUGUGAAUGAGAACAGAAAUAAACAUGCGAUAUUCUCA